CCCCCUCCCACCUCCUUAGGUCAACAACGCGAACGUGGUGGCGACGGACGUGGAGGCCUCAAACGGCAUCAUCCACAUCAUCGAUUCCGUCCUCAUCCCCGGUGCGGUCGCCGCCCCCGCGGCUGCGUCUAAGGAGGUGGACAAGAAGAGCCUGGCCUACCGCGAGGUGAUGGAGGCGGGCGCCACGGCUCCCUUUGGCUUCUUUGACCCCAUCGGGCUCAGCACCGGGAAGACCUUUAAGGAACUGAAGAAGUGGCGCGAGUCCGAGGUCAAGCACGGUCGGGUUGCCAUGCUGGCCGUCGUCGGCGUCCUCCUCCAGGAGGUUUUCGCGCCUUUCUACAACCCCGAGACCGGCAGCAGCGACCCUGGCCCCGCCAUUUUCCACUUCCAGGAGCUGGAGGCCCUCAACCCUUUCCUCUUCGUUUUCCUCAUUCUGGGCAUCGCCAUCGUCGAGUCCUUCACCAUCAGCAAAGGCUGGGAGUCUCCGGAGGAAAUGCGCGCCGGCGGCAACACGAUCGCGGGUCUCCGAGACACGUACGUGGCCGGCGACUUGGAGUUCGACCCCCUCGGCCUGGCUCCUACGGCGGACGUGGACGCGUUCAUCAACCAGCGUUCCAAGGAGCUCAACAACGGUCGCUUGGCCAUGAUUGCUUGGGCGGGCAUGGUCGUCCAAGAGCUGAUCUCCAACUCAAAAAUCUUCUCCUAAGCCUUCGUUUCAUGGACUGGAAAAGAGAGGAAGACGGAAAAGAAGAAAGACCAGGCGGAGCUUGAGUGGAGUGUCUGAGAGGUGGUGAUGAUGCUGGUGCAAUCGUUUUGAUGAGUAGUUUGUAUUUGGGCGAAGGAGAGUUGCCAUUUUUUGCCAUGCCGGUCCUCGAUUUCGACCGAGCAAGUGCAAACUUUGUUUUUCAUGUGGAGGUGGUUCCAGACGCUCUCUUGGCUGUGACGGAGGCGUGAGUCGAGAGAUCCGAGCGCGAGCAUUUCAGUGCCUUCCUUUUUAAAAAAAGGGUUGAGAGCGUUCGUCUCUCAACCAGGUUUUUCUGUAAUUUUUGAGCCCAAACACGAGCUGAGAAAGCUGUGGGAUUGUCAUCAGACCUGAGUUUUGCAAGCGAACGAAAAGACCGGGUUGGGGGAAAAGCGGUAUGUCUUUUUAAGUAGGGUGCAGAAAUAUGAAUGAGAGCUGACAAACCGGAAACCAACAAACAAAUCAAAUAGGAGAAUCAUGAAAAGUUGAUUCCAGCCUUUUCCUUCAAGAAUUCGUACAAAUUUAA